AUGCCCUCUCAGUAUCUAUCUACUUUGCAGCGACACGGACCCAAAACGGGGCCUGUCGAAGCAAGGUACGCAUGCGCAGUAGGGCUCAAGGCUCAAGGCUCAAGCCAGCAGCGGAUGGAUCUUCAGGGAAAGUGGGCCACGAGAAAACGUACAUUUGAGGUUCCAUUGGAUGUACAGAACAUUAGCCCAUUUCCCAGCAACAACUCAUUCUACUUCAAUCAUGACUGUUGA